GCUUGUUUUCGACAUUAAUAUGAUCUACGACCACUGACAAGGAAACUGCAGGUUUAAAUUGUUUCAACACAGUGAUAGCAUAUGAAUUGGAGCAGAAAUCGAGAUGCAGAACCCGUCGGAGGGAUCAGCUUCGCAGUGAUUUGUGAAGAUUAUGCACAGGUGUCUGGAUAUUUCUGGGAGCUUGGGCUGACCCGACUUUGGAGCAAGGAUUUGUUGAUGCGAUUUCCACUCAAUCUAUUCCCUGGAAUGAAGAGAGAUCUCACAUUACUUCUUUCAGGCUUCAAGUCUUCCAUACACUGCGAGUGACAGGGAGAUUGUGUUUUGAUGAGAUGGUAUUGUGGAAGUAGAAUGGAUGACCUCGCCUUGCUGGACUUGCUGGAAUGCCCAGUGUGCUUUGAAAGGCUGGAUGCCACUGCCAAGGUGUUGCCAUGCCAGCAUACCUUCUGCAAGCCCUGUCUCCACAGGAUAUUCAACUCCAGGAAGGAACUCCGGUGCCCAGAAUGUCGGACUCCGGUUACAUGUAGCAUUGAAGAACUGCCUGCUAACUUGCUGCUGGUUCGCCUGCUGGAUGGCAUUAAGUACGGGCAAACAAACGGCAGGGUCAUUCCUCUUCAAGCAGCGCAGGCUCCUGCAAAUCAGGAUCAAGGGAAAAGAAGCACAGACCCAAUCAAUCCUCAUAGCAGCCUGGUGAACUCACCUCCCAGUGCCAGGAGCCCCACAGAAAAGGUGCCAUGUGCAAGAGCGUUGUACACGUACGGAGGCCAGAAGCCAGGAGACCUGAGCUUCAAAAAAGGUGAUGUCAUCCUCCUGCGUCGGCAAGUGGAUGAGAAUUGGUAUUACGGAGAAAUUAAUGGAGUGUGUGGUAUUUUCCCUCUCAAUUUUGUUCAAGUUAUCCAUCAUUUACCUCAGCCCCCACCUCUCUGCAAAGCUCUUUACGACUUCACUCUCAAAGAGAAAGAAAAGGAGGUCAACAAGGAUCUCUUGCCGUUCCUCAAGAAUGACAUUUUAAAAGUGAUCCGGAGAGUCGAUGAAAAUUGGGCUGAAGGCAAACUCGGAGAAAAAGUUGGAAUAUUCCCGAUUUCAUUUGUUGAGAUGAACUCAACUGCAAAACAGCUACUGGUAACGAAAAGACCGGAUGUGAAAAGUGUCAAAUGCCAAAGCAGUCCAUCAGCUGCCAACUCCAACACAACCAUCAGACAGACGGACUCCGGGAGGACAGGUCAGACAGACACGGCGAGGACAGGCCCGAAAGAGAACCGUUGCCACACCAGUGCCGUAAACAUGCUGAACAGAAUCUCCCACCUCUCACCAUCCCACCAGCCACUUCAGAUCAGCUCACCCAUACUGAUCAGCUCGAGCAACCCAGCAGUCGUCGCACAGAUUGCAGAAAGAAGAACUCCAUGCAGUCCCAUCAGUCAGACACAGCACGGUCCGUUUGAAACUGGUGUGGCUGCCCCUGGUACCAGUGAUACUAAUUCACAGUAUCACACUGAAAUGGUAUACUUAAAGCCACAAGUACCCGUGAGAGCAGAAGAUAUUGAAGCACGGAAGGAUGAAAUAUUUCACUUGUAUGGGAAGCCUCCAGAUGGAUGGAUUAGAGGGAUGUCUGUGCAAAUAAGCAAAACUGAGAGCCUGCCCAGUAAUUACACUGUGCCUAUUAGCAGAAACACAUCUGCACUCAUUGGAGCCACAGAGGGGAAGGGCUCCAAUGGCCUGCCAGCCUCUACAACCACCCAAGAAAGGGGAUCGGCAACUGACACCACCUUGAACUCACAAGCAAGCCCUAAUGGCAGGCGGGUUGCAGUAACGUCACCUCCUGUUGCUUCAGGGGGUACAAUAGCACGGCGUAUCUACGGGACUAGUUACAGGGCGAAUGCGCAUCGUCCAACACUUGCAGUUCCGCCGGUACAGAGUCAGAGCACAAAUGGCAGGUGUGUUCCAGCUGUGGUCAUACAAGCCCAGCCUUUCGCAUCCCACCAGCUUGCGCAGGCCGUCACUGCCCGUAUUGGCCGUCCGAGUGCAGUGAGAUCAAGCAGACCGAGCCUGCCCAUCCGGCCCAUGGUCAACACUGCCUCAACAGCUCCACCCAGUGGCAAAGCAUUGGCAGCACAGGUCCAGGAAACUUCCAGCUGUAACACUGCAGGUUGGGGCAGUGUACCAAUGUCAAAUUUUACACCGUCACAAUGUAAAGAUGAGGACAGAAGCAAUCUGAGCAAGGCUCAGACUGGCCUCGGAACUUCUGUGCCUCAGUGUGCAGCUUCAUCCACAAGGCCUAAAUUCCAGGCUGCCAACAAGUCGGUAAAGCCGGAACAGGUCAUGGAGGAACCAGUUUUACAAGAAACCCUGGCCCCCAUCAUUUCUCACAGCAGAGCUGGUUCAUGCCCAACAGGAACUGAGGAGAAGGUUCAGACGGUACACAAAAAAACCGGCUCCUGGGAUUCUUGUUAUCGUUGCACCCCUCCAUCUCCCCUGCACAGCUCUGCUGUGGAAGAAUGUCCAAUAUCAUCACAAACUCAUUCAAUGUGCUUCAAUAGAUGCCGAGCCGUCCUUUCUUAUCCAGCGCAAGAGGAGGUGGAGCUCAGUUUGGAGCAGGGUGACAUUGUCCUAGUGCACAGAAAGCGUCAGGACGGCUGGUUCCAAGGGACAUGCACGGAGAGUGGGAAGACAGGCCUUUUCCCAGGAAGCUUUGUAGAAAGUUUAAAGUGAGGUUGAAAUUAGAAAAUUGGUCGGAAUUGAAAGGAGGUGGAAUCAUCCCAAUAAGGCAGUUUGGCCUAAACACUGUGUACGGUUAUGCUGCCAAUAUGAGUCUUCACACACAAUGCACUUAAACACAUGUAGCAAUCUACAGGCACUGGGAAGGAUCAUAAUUAAUUAUUCUCCAACUGUGCACAUGACACCUUGCAUAGCAGUAGUAUCUGGAGCCAAUUUCACCCACGUUACCUCCCAAAAAGAUAACAGCCCUCUUUCAGUCACAACAUCAGAACUCCCUUUUUUGCCUCCCCCCCCCCCAAGGUUCAUGCACUGUUGAGUGCAGAUGUGUUCAACUAAAUAUCUUUGGAGAGUGCAUACUAAUCCAAUCAGAUGGUCAAUCUGUAUAUAGCAGAUCAAAAACUGGCCUUAACAGUAUAAUAACCCUCUUCGUUAGGCUGAAUUUGGAAGUCAUUCAGUAAGUGUUAGAUAGGUAAUACCUGUUAUGACAGUCGUUUGUUCCUUGAUAAAUUAAGAUGAUGUGUUUAUAUUGAGCACUUAUGGGAGGAUGUGUGUAAUAGCAGUGGUUAUUGAAGGGAAUGGUAUCUCUAACAUGGUUUGUGGAAAAGAUAUAUUCUAGCUAUAAUAGAUAUCAUUUUUAAUGAUUAUUUGUAGUCAUUUGGCCAUUUUUCUUUUGCACUAGUCUUACUCCAUUCUAUAAAAAAAUGACUUUCUAGUCCAAACCAAAAUGAACUAAAGGUGAGACAUUAUUUAGCAAAAGUCAUAAGGCUUAAUUGUACUAAAUUUUAAAAGAUAACCUGUCUGGAUAUAUUUAACCCGGGAAAGAAUUUAUCCAUUUUCAUAACUUCUCGAAGAAGGUGAAGGACGGCCAAUCAUCAGAAAAGUCCUGUCAGAAUGCAAGUUCUUGAGAUAGGUGCUUCUGAAUACUAAAUUUGUGAGAGGAAAAGGAAGUACAUUCUAUCACAGGUUUGAUUUCUACCUUGCAGAUGAGGAGCAUUCAAGAUGAGGAUUUGAAUGCAAGUAAUCAAGGCAGAUAGUGUUUAACAUUUAAUGAUCAGCAAAUAAGACUUCCUUUCAUUGACAAAUUAAAGUCAGAACAAACAGCAAAACAGUUCAGACAUUGUAGAUUUCCAUUUCAAAUUAAUUGGAUAAAGGUCUGAUGACAAUAAGAUUGAGGUUGUGAGGUAAUUAGAGAUUGAAGAUGUUUGAAAGGUCUUCAUUUCUGCGGUGCAAGCUGCAACCAGUAAAGUGAUUGGUUAGGUAUGAAAGAGGAGAAAAGGAGUUUUCCUUAGAAAGAAUUGCAAGUAUUUUCAGUACAGAAAAAGUUGUUUGGGCCAACGGGUUCAUGUCAGUUCCACACAGACCACUUCCUACCCCACUAAAUCUCUCUCACACGCAUUUGUCAAACUUAUUAUGUGUUUAUUUCGUCUCUGCUAUUCCUGCUAGUGGUGAAUUUGGUAUUUCAGCUAUUUCCCAGUUUGCCUGGCAUUCCUCAGUGAUUAUAUUAGUGACUCAAUUUAUAAUCAUUAGUUCUGUUCUCUUUCACGUAGAAAUGGGUUCUACACCUACCUAACCAAACUCUCAAAUCUUCAAAACCUUGAUCAGGCUACCCCUUUUUUCUGUAGAACCACAUUAUUUCUUGCUGGUUAUUAAAUCUUUUCACACCUUCUGCAAAAUCUGAAUACUUUCUGAAAUUCGGUGAUUAGAACCAUUUAGUGCUUCAAGUAACAUUCAAAACUAGUUUAUCCUAAUUUCUAUAGCUUUCAUUUCCAUCCCUUUGGACAUUAACCUCAAUGCUCUGUUUUGCUUUUCUUCUAAAGGGUUUAUUAACCUACAUGCUACUUCUAGUGAUAUGUAUAUCUGUCCCCUUAAAUUCCUGUUUCUUCACCCAUUCCUUGUUGAAGCACCCAUUUAAGCUUGUCAAAUUUAGUUACUUAUAUCCUUUGAGUAUCUUGGUGCAUUUUAGUACAUUGGAAAUGCUAGGUAAAUGUAAACUAUCAGAAUUUUCAUUUACUUUGGAGCAAGGGGAAAUUUUUAGUGACCUGCACAAGAUUACAUGGGUCAGAUAGAUGCAGAACGAACAUAAUAGAAUAAAACAUUUUCUUGUUAAACUUUGAUGAAAAUUGUGAGAGAUACAACAGGAGAUCCUAGGAUACUAUUAACUGUUCUUUUCCCAACAAUUGAAGGAAAAAUUACCCUCAGUACCUGGAAGAAAUGGGUUUAACCAACUCAUCUUCCUUCAUUCUGUGCUUUCUAACUGGUAUCACAAAAUGUUUCAGUAAAGGUUGGGUUGGAACAUAGGGAGAAUUAAUUUUAAUUAUUAGAUCAUCUGUAUAUUUUUGCCCAUCUGUACAGUUUGUCAGUAUUAUUUGUAAAAUGGCUGGGUAAACGUUCUGAUCAAAGUUGAGAUUGAAGUCUGGGACUUUUCCGCUGUAUGAAUAACUACUUUCUUAUUAGCACUCAAUCUGCUCCUCUAAAGGAAGUGGCUGUAUUUUUCUAUGAAUAUUUACUGCCCUCUCAAAGAGGCUUUCAAGUACAAUAUAAUGGUAAUUUUUUCUUUCUCUUUAAAAAGACCUCAAGUAGGCACAGUGUGCUUGAACAAAAGAAACAUUGAACCAAUUUGAAGUUAAGAGAAGGCCUUAAUUGAAUAAAAGGAGGGCACUGCAGGACAUAAAAACUGGGCUCUUUGACAGAUAUUAUUAGGAAUGUGUGACUUCUGUGUACAAAACAAAGAAGAAUGCUUUAGAAACAGCAAGUAAAUCUUGUUCAUUGCUGUUUCUUCUAAUGGAGAGCCUGAGAGCACAGCUGCAGUAGUCGCAUGGAAGCCUAAGGGCUGCCCAGGAGUGGGCAUACAGUCUUUGUUGAGAUUACUUGGCUGAGCUUUUCAGCUGUAACCGGCACCCUGUUGCAACAGCUUACUUGCUUCAGUGGUGAUCUCAAAGUAAGACCAAGGAAGGAAUAUGGAACAGCAUUGAAAACAGGGGCCAGGGGCAAGGCUGUGUUGGGUAAGGUAGUGGGUGAUGUGGCACAGCAAUACCUUCAGGAUAUAAGUGAACUCUUGAAAGUCUGCAAGGAGGAUUUCGGAUUUCUGAUUUUUGAUUAGAUGUGCUGGUGAGAAAGGAAUCUUGAGAGGAUGCCAGACCUAGCUGCUAUUCAGCACUUUUUUAAUUCAGUUUAUCAAUGGUGACCUAAAACCUUUGGUGGAGAUCUGAAGACAUGGCUGAAAUGCUAUGGCUCUCCCAUGUUAGCUCCUGGUUUUCCCAUUUUAUGUCUGCAAAACAGAGGGAAUGAAGGUUAAAUUACCAGACUAGUAAUCAAUGAGAUAUGGGUUAGAAGCACGAGUUCAAACCUUACCAUGGUAGUCAAAGAAUUUAAAUUGGUAAUUUGGUUUAUUAUUGUCACAUGUACUGAGGUACAGUGAAAAACUUGUCUUACAUACCAUCCAUACAGGUUCUUACAAUGAGAUCUGCAGAAUUUCUCAAAUUUAUUACAAUGGUGCAAUUCAGUCAAUUUAAAUAACGUGGAUUUUUCUUAAAACAUGAAAAGGCUCAUCUGAGUAACAGUGACCAUGAAGCUACAUGAUUAUUGUUCACUAAUUCCUUUCUGUGAAGGAAAUUUGUACUUUUUUUCCUGUCUUCCGGUGUGCAUGCACGAGUCACAAUGCAAAGCUUGCAAAUUGAUAUUGGCAAGGUACUGAACCAUGCACAGACCGUCUCAUAGCAGUGAGCUGACCAAAACUUAUUGAAUGGUCUGCCUUUAGCUACUAUCUUUGGUCUCAGGCACUGUAUAAUAGGCCCAAUUCACAAGCUUGACCAACUGAGAUAAAUAUGGAAGUGGUUGGUCCAUUUCUCCUCUGUCUCCACAGCAAUUGCUCUGUCAUUCUAAUGCCCAUGCUGCUUAUAAAUACUGCAAAAGCUCAAGUCCUUUUUGAUCCAAUUUAAUUUGCAGUGCUCAAUCAUCAACUAUUGGGUUUUGAUCUCAGCAGAUACAAAGGCUGGUUGUCUCUUCUCCAACACCGAGGUAGUAAAGUCAAUGGUAAAUCAACUCAAGUCAGAAACUCAGCACACAAUUGGCAACAAACCUUUGAAUGAAUGAUCAAUAGAGAAAUAAUUAUAAAUUUCUAACACUUCCAACAUCCAAAAAUUAGUUUGACUUAAUAAUCAGUUCAGUGAAAUUUGACUGGAAAAUACAUAUGUUCAUUAAUUAUACAGUACUGUGCAAAAGCCUUGCUCUCUUUCACUCUUUGUCUUAUAUGCCAAAGACAUUUUGCACAACUACUGUAUUUAUCAAACAUUUAAUUAUCUUUGGCCAUUUCUUUCCAGAGCAGAGAUGUAAUUGUUGCAAGUGUGAGGGGAUAAAUCAUUAGACUUUAACUGAACUGACAUGAGCCUUGGAUUUAAUUGGUCAGAACAUAAAAGUUAACUUCAAUUUUCAGGAAAUAUAUAUUUACAAUUACAUCUCUGCUUGGAAGGAUGUUCAUUGGAAGACUAUUGUAAUUAAGGUGCAUGUUACACUAAGCAGAAAUUCUGAUCUCCUGGUUAGUGAAAAAAAAAUUACUGAACCUUUAAACUCUGUAUACCAUCCAUAUAUCCGUAGCUUGUAAUAAUGAGGUUCAACACACAUUAUGUCUGAUCAAAUUACUGGGGUAUAUUUGCAGCCUUUGUGUUAAUUACUUACCUUUUUUUAAAUCAGCAAGUAUUUCAAGGUCUGGCUUUUCAAUAUUUUGGUGAUUCUUAUUCCUUAACAAUUGGACACUUUUGUUAGUCUAGCUGGAAUCUCUAUAGUCAGUUCUACGCAAUCCUUUUGAAAACCAUUUAAGUUUCUAAUGACUGGUAUAAACAAGCACAAGCCAUGUGGAAUAGCUACAUUUAAUCCUGAGUAAUCCAUAUCAGUUAGAAACUCAUUUAAAAACACCUAGGGAGGUAACUGUGGGAUGCAUAGCACAAAUAGCAAUUCAGUGUUGGUGUACUGACUAUCAAUGUGGAGUCUAAUGCUCACCUGUUAAACUCAUGCUGCCGGUAGGUUCUGGGUUUGAAUACCACUCCGAAGCUUGACCUCUUUAUUUACCAUGAACUCCAGUGAAAUGCCGAGUAAAUGCUGCAUUGAAACAAUUUUGUCUGCCUGAGCAUGUCAACGUUGAUCAAUAUAUAUUCCAUAGCACAAUGUGAAAGGGACUAGGAAAGCCUUCAUUUAAAACGAGCAAAGCAAUAGUCAUUGGAUAUUCAUCUCAUUACUGUUUAGGAUAAAUUGAUAUGUUUGUUCCUCUAGUAUUCCACCUUCCAAAUUUACUGGAGGUGAUAAAGCACUAUAGCAAUGCAUGAAUUUGUUUAAUUUUGAUCGGCUCCUGAUCUGGGCCACAUUGACCACAGAGGUGCACGUAUCUGUGCAGUGGUGGUUGUUGAAUCAGUGAUAACAGUUAGGCCUGGAGUAUUGCUAAUGUCCUCCAAUGAAAACCAGCAGCUGUUUCAGUACACUAAUAGAGAUGAAUAAAUACUGAUGAAAUAUAACUACAAUACUCUAAAAUUGGAGUGGAAGAAACUGCACAAAAUACCCAUGAAGAAAAAUGUUUUAAAAAUUUACUGAGAUGGCACUCCUGAAUAUAGAACAAUUAAAACAUCAUAAGACAGCAAAUCAUCUUAAGGAUUACAAAUCUGAGUUGAAUCAUUAAAGAUAUGUUAGCACAAUGCAUCAAUCUCGCUGUACUUCUGGUGUCACUGUGUACUAGAUGUAAUGUUCCUUAUGCCAUUCCCAUUUGUUAUGUAACAGUGUAUUGUCCGUAUGUUUAAAAUGUAAGACAAUCUUUAUGUGUUACUUGGUUCGCCUUGAGUGUAGAAGCAUGCAGGGUCAGGUGCACAAUGGAAGCACUGCACAAUAUGAACCCUUUAAGGGUAUGGCUGUUGUACGAGAAUGUGGUACUUUUUCAGAUAUUUAUGAUGUGGAUUUUUUUUUUGUAAUGUGUUAAAAGGAGAAAUGGAAGGAGACGGUAAUGAA